AUGGCCGCUCCUCCUCCGCCGCCUCCCCAGGGAGGGCUCUCACUCUACGAAAACCUCCUCGAUCCCAACGAAAGCUCUACAGCAUCAGCCACAAUCUCAUCGGCGCCCGUCCUUUAUAAUCAGACGGACAGCGCAUCGACAGAAGCCACUGCUAAAAAGCCCAUUGAUCCCGCCCUUCGCUUUCAACCUAUACGCCGCCCACAAGUUAAACAGACAAAGACAAAGCCAGCAUUUCCUAAAGCCGUUGCUUCCAAGCAGACUCCUACCAUUGCUCCUCCAGCUCCUGCACAAGUAAAGACUACAUUGGCCGACUGGGCCGCUACCGAAGAAGAUGAGUGGAUGUAUGGGAUGGGCGAGAAACGGCAACGCGGUGGUCGCAAGAAGAAGAAAAGGAGACAACAGGAAGAUAUAGAAACCAAUUGGGAUGACAUAUACGAUCCUACGAGGCCAACUAACGUGGAAGAGUAUCUUCAUAGCGAUGAGAAGGUCCAAGAGGUCAGAGACUGGAAAGCUUUGCUUUACAGACACCGACGAAAACGCGUUGAGAGCGAUCUUUCAGAUGAGGAUGAAGACGCCCGACCUGUACCUUCAAAUCAAUUCGCACCGCCUUCUUCCUACUCCUUUGUACCACCGCCACCGCCUCAAUCGCCUCCUGCGGCAGCCCCGGUACCUCCUCCAGACGAUGCGACGGGAGACGAUGCCUUCGCUCGUCGCCAAGCUCUUUCUCAGGCUCCUCCAGCUCCACCACCGUCGCCCCCUGUGACUUCGAGUUCAGCCACGAUAUCACGCGCUCCUGUGAAAUAUACUCAAACUCAGAAUGAGCAGGAAGCAGCAGGAGAAGAUGUAGAAGAUGAUGGAUACUCACCGCCACCGGCCCUCGGUGCUGGCUCCCCUUCACAAGCCGACGAUGAUCUACAACCUCGGUCAAGCCGCCCAGGACAAACGGGUUUUGCACAGCGACUCAUGAGCAAGUACGGGUGGACUAAAGGUAGCGGCUUAGGCGCCAACGAGUCGGGAAUUAUCAACCCCCUCCGCGUACAGGUCGAGAAACGACGGAAGAAGGCCGAUGCCGAUGGCGGUGGCUGGGCUGAGCCUGGCAGCAAGGGCAAAAUCAUCGGAGGUAAACGCAAGGAGGAAAAUGCUGGCAAGUUCGGCACUAUGAGCGAUGUUAUAGUACUGCGAGACAUGCUGGAGAAUAUGCCUAAUUUGCAGGAAGAAAUUGCGGGAGGCCUAGGACAAGAAAUUGGAGAGGAGUGUGGAGAAAAGUACGGACGUGUGGAGAGAUUAUACAUCGACCAGGAGAGCCGCAAGGUCUUCAUCAAAUUCACAAACCAGGUUUCGGCACUCAGAGCUGUGAACGAAUUAGAUGGUCGCGUGUUUAAUGGCAAUACGAUCAUACCGGAAUUCUAUGAUACAGAGAAGUUUGAACAAGGGAUCUAUAACUAG